AUGUCGACAUACUCUCAAGACUUCCGCAAAAAUAGUCUGCAAGUUCUCAGAUGCAUAUGGAAACAAUGGCGAAACUUGAUCUCCUUCUCGUAUUUUAAGAAGCUUCACCACCAUCGUUCCAAGCUUAACCCUCUCUUACUCCACAUAGAGUUCUUGCCUGCCCAAAGUUGUCCAUGGACUUUGUACCUUAACUCCAUGGACAUGAAUGGAGGUAUACUUGAAGAAAACCCUAUUCCAACCCAUUCAUAUGUGGUGAACAAAUUGCUUUCUUGCUUUGAGUUGAUAUGUUUUGGCAACUCGAAUCAGAUAGUUGUUUGUAAUCCUGGCACCAAGGAGAUUCUGAAACUGCAGGCUCUUCCCUAUAAAGUAGAUGGUGAUUAUUGGCAUGAAAUUAGUUUUGGGUAUCUUCCUUCUAAGAACGUGUAUAAAAUUGUUGAUAUGAUCGGAAUGGUUGUAGACCAUGAUGAAGAAAAUAAUCAUAUCAUCAUUAGUCAGGUAUACACAUUAUCAGAAGACAAUUCUUCUCCUUCUUGGAGAAGGCUACAAGAUUAUCCAAGUUCUGGUGGUCUUAGACCUUUGUUUGAGAAGGAUGGAGAGAUCAUAUUCUCUUGUGGUGCUGGAUCAAGUUUAGUCUGCUAUGAUAUUAAGGCCAAAAGCUUCAGAAGAUUAAGCUGUAAACAAAGUUCAAGACUUUAUUUUGAUGGACUCUUUUCUCUUGGAACCAGAUAG